GUAAUAAUGUUACAAUUAAAAAAUACGCGACGUCUAAAUUUUGUACAUAUGUUUCUUUAUACGAUUUUUUGGUUCAAGUUUGCUUCUGUCCAAAUGGUUGUUUGGUUCAGAAACGGUUUGGGUUAAAGUGAACUGAAUUGAGAAAGUCAUAUCCUUGGUUGGUUUUUGAUUGAGAGAAGAAUUAUUAUCUUUUUCUUACUAGGAGGAAUGUUUUGUUGAUUCUCGGGUUUGAGAUUUUCUUGACACUUUGAUUGAGAGUUUGGGAUUGUUGUGUGUUUGUUCUUGAGUUGAAUUUCUAUUUUUCUUGUUCAUUAGAGAUUUGGGUCUAUGUUGAUGGUUCCAUGGUCUUCCAAGUUAAUUAGUCUGCGAAGCUGAGUGUUUUUAAAGGGUUGUUGAAUCAUGUAUGGCUUCGUGAAGAUUCUUUUCGUGUGAUAAAUUUAGCUGGGUUUCCCUUUUUUUUUCUUUUUCUUUUUCAAGUGUUCUUUUAAUUUGUUGUGUCUUGGAAAGUUCUUAUGGUCAAAUGGUGGAACCAAGGGAGCACAGUGAGUAAUUAUCUUGUAAAAGCGAGAAGGUAGUUAGCAGAAAGGAAGCUCCUUCCAGUUUCCUGCCUUUCUUUAGAUCAGGGAAUAAGAGUGUCUUGGAAAUGGAAGGAAGGGAGCUUUCAGACUUAUAUAGGAACUCCAGUGAGGAGUUAUUUCUGAGAUCUUAUAUGGAGAGUUCAGUGGGACCUUCUGUUCCAUCCAUUGAUGUUCUGGGGUUUAGGAAUCUAUCUCAAAACUUUCGGACGGACAGUGAGGAGCUUUUCAAAAGCUGGCUAACUAAUGGAGAGAAUAAUUCCUUCAACACGUCCGGUAUAGCACAUCGUACUCGGCAAGGAUCGCGAAGGAUAUCUACUGAAAUAUCUAAUUUGAUUGGUCAGCAACAUGUUGGUAUACUCCAAAAGAAAAGAAGCAAUGACAUUAUAUAUCCUCAAAAUAACGCCUCAGCUGAUGAUAUUUCUGGCAGUGUCAAUCAUCACUCAAUCAGGAAUGCAGCUGAAAAGGGAUUACAGGCUAGUGAGUUAUAUCUGGCCAAGGCUUGGUUUCAUAGUUCUCAACCAAUGACAAGAAGUCGAUCCUCUGAAUUGCGGAGGAAGUAUGCUGCAAUGCAAAGUUCACAAUCAGCAGUCGGUCUGCUACACCAUGCUUCUGCACAUGGUAUCAGCACAAUGAAUGAAGAUUAUGCAUAUCUGAAUGGAUUCAAUGGCUCCUCAGCGUGUGAGAUACCCAACCAAAUGGAUACAUUUAUGUCUCCAUCUAAUUCUUCCUCCUCUACAUUUAACAACCCACCAGUGGGUGAAAUUGAUAAAGUGUCUUCUGUCGUAAAUAUGCUUAAGGGAACAUUAGAACGCAAGAAGCUCAACAAUCAUAUUGGAAAAGAAAUUCUUGAAGAUAAUAGCUGUAAUGGGAUUUUUCCCGCUCGAGAAGUCGCCAUCAAUGUGAACUUCAGUCAAGGACAAAGUAACCAGAUUAAUGAGAAGCCCUUUACUUUUCAUGAUGUAUCCCCUAACCAAGUUAAGGAUUUUGGAGUUGUACAAAUAAAUGAUGGAUCAAUGAAUCUUGAUAUGGAAGGUUUUGUAAAUUCGACAAAUCCGAUUCAAUCAAGCAGAGGUUCCCAAGAACCUUCUCAAAGUGAAUCUUCUGCAGCUGCACCAGUAGUUUCAUCUGGCUUCGAUGCAUGUGAUGGUCCCAGUAACUCUGGACAAGCUAUUAGUGUUUCUGAGACCUCAAGGAAACAAUCUAGAAAUAGAAGUUCAGAAAAUGGUUCUAGAGCUAAAGAUAUCAGAGAACGGAUUAUUGGUAAUUUGAAAGAUGAUCGAAAGAGGGGAAGCCUACAUCGACAUGGAUCUGUGACAUCUGCUAUUUCAGUUGACAAGGAGGACACAACCAAGAAGCGUAGGGUGGAGCGAUCACGAAAAAUGGCAGAAGCAAAAGAAAGAAUUUUAAGUCCCGUUGUUCCAUCCGAUAUCCAAUCCAUUCUAAAGCGGUGUGAAAAUCUUGAGAAGGAAGUGCGAUCACUAAAGCUCAACUUGUCCUUCAUGAACAGGAAGGAUUCUGAGCAGACCAAGCAGAUCGAGGAGCUUCAACAACAGAACGAGGAUUUACUAGAUGAAAAAGAAUGCCUUAUAGAAGAGAUUAAGAGGAUCAUGUCGGAAACUGACAAAAUAUGAAACGUUUGGUUAGGGUAUAGGGAAAAUGCAAUCUUUGUUAAAGAUGGGUUAUGUUAAUCCUUCUGAAUAGUAAACCAACAUUGAUUUGCUAAUCAAAUUAAAUGUGUCAAGGAGCUGGUAUAUAAUUGUUUAGUUUUAUUAUAUGCUAUAUUCUAUGUUAAUGUUAUUUAUAUUUGAGAAGAUUUAUAAUUUCUUUAUCUAUCAA